AGUUUGUAAACAUUUGCAGGAUAGAUAUUAUGUACUGAUUAAUAGCAAUAAUAUAUUAUACCAUGUGCUACCACUCAUACUUAAUCGAAGCUCAAUCCCACCUGUGGGCAUCCUUCGAGGAAGUUUGUAAACAUUUGCAGUCAUGAAUACUGAGUUGGGUUCUGGUAAUAAGGAAGGAGAUUUGAACGACACAACAAAGGUCCAACCUUUAGAUGCAGGCGCUCUCUUUGUCUUAGAAUCCAAAGGAACAUGGAUUCAUGCUGGCUUUCAUUUGACAACCUCCAUAGUGGCCCCUGCACUUCUCAGCUUGCCAUUUGCUUUUGCCUCUCUUGGAUGGGCUGCAGGAGUGAUAUUCCUUACCAUUGGGGCAUUGAUCACUUUCUAUUCAUAUAAUCUCCUUUCCCUGGUGCUUGAGCAUAUGGAAUUACAGGGAAACAGACAAUUGAGGUUCAGAGAUGUCAGCUAUCAUGUUAUGGGACCCAUGUGGGCUAAGUUCCUUGUAGGACCUAUACAGUUUAUAGUAUGCUAUGGAUCUGUUAUAGGGUGCACCCUGCUCGGUGGGCAGACUCUUAAGUUUCUAUACACUAUAUAUCAUCCAGAUGGAGCAAUGAAGCUGUAUGAAUUUAUCAUUUGCUUUGGAGGGUUGAUGUUGAUUCUGUCUCAGAUGCCUUCCUUUCAUUCCCUGAGACACAUUAAUCUUGUGUCCUUUGUUCUGUGCUUUGCUUACAGUACUUGUGCAGUGAUCGGAUGCAUUCAAGCAGGUUAUUCAGAAAAAAAAUCUGACAAAGAUUAUUCUUUGCUUGGUAGUACAAGAAACAAAAUAUUUGCAGCUUUGAAUUCUUUCUCAAUCAUUUCUACCACAUUUGGUAAUGGGAUCAUUCCAGAGAUUCAGGCAACUCUGGCACCUCCUGUAUCAGGAAAGAUGUUCAAAGCAUUGUCUAUAUGUUAUGCAGUGGUGGUGUCCACAUUCAGCUCUGUGGCAAUUUCAGGCUACUGGGCAUUUGGCAACAAGGCAGAGGGAAAUAUCUUUAGCAAUUUUGUUCCAUCUGAGGGGCCUCUGUUUCUUCCCAAAUGGUUUCUACUCAUGGCUAACAUGUUUGUGCUUCUCCAAGGAUCUGCAGUUGGAAUGGUGUACUUGCAACCAUCAUUUGAAGUUCUAGAACAAAAAUCUGCAGAUGUGAGACAGGGUAGAUUUUCUUUGCGAAAUCUGAUACCCAGGUUGAUUUUAAGGACGUUAGCAGUAGCUAUUGCCAUACUUUUGGCUGCAAUGCUUCCUUUCUUUGGAGAUGUUAAUGCAGUGAUUGGUGCUUUUGGGUUUUUGCCAUUGGAUUUUGUUUUACCUAUGGUCUGCUACAACCUCACUUUCAGACCUUCUAAAAGAGGCAUAAUAUUCUGGGUCAAUACCAUUAUUGCUGGAGUAUUUUCUAUCAUGACCGUUUUGGGAUGUGUUGCAGCUAUUCGUCAGAUCUUCCUGGAUGCCAACAAUUAUAAACUUUUUGCAAAUAUAUGACUUAUAAUAAUUUCAUUUCGUUUGAAAUAAAUGAUUUAAUCCAUUGUUACCAACUGAUAUGAAAAAAAAGAUCUGAACUAGCAAACACACUAGAUUAUUAACGUUGCCACUUGUCAAAGCUCUCUGAACUUGAAGCAAGAAAAUAAAAAUGUAAAACAGUGACGACGAAAUGUGUAAACUUCAGUGAUAAGUUAAUUGCCACAUUUUGAUGCGAGUGUUUUAUUAGCAUUCAA